AUACUGAAAUAUUAGAGAGAGAAAGAGAGAUUGAAUUACCUAAUGGCAUCUCCACUCCACUUGAGAACUCCCAAAGCCAUAAUGGCAUAUCCACCUUAGAGAACCCCAAUUUGCUCGUUUUUUGACCCUUUUUUUCCUCUGCUUUGUGGGCAUUUGAUUAGGGAUUUUUCCCAUUUCCUAUAAUAUCUUGUACUCGUGAGUCGUGACUUCUUUUGCUUUCUUGGAACAACCAGCUGCUGCUUCUCUCUCACUAACAGCUAUGAAAGAUUCACUGGCUUCUAUGAAACCCAUGGUUGGGCAUUCAAAAAGAAUGUGAACAAAUGCCUGAAAGCUUCUGGGUAUAGAAGAUAACCAUGAAGCUUCAACCUUUACUAUUUAAGUUCAGCCCCUGUAAUAACUUAUGUUCAGCUGUUCUUCAUCAGUUCCGAUACUUUUUUUAUUUUUUUCUGUUUUCCCCAUCUUUGGUAAAAGGUUAUCUAAUUAUCUGCUUCAUGUUUUUAAAUUAGCAACAUAUGUUUAUUCAUCUGGGGAAUCUGGUGAAACUUCUGGAAUGGUAUUUCUCGUAUGUCAUUUGAUUAGAGCCACCAGACGUUCUCCUAUUUCAGAGGAUUAGUGGUUUUAUUGCAAUUGCUCAAUACCCUUUGUUUGGAUUGAGGGAAACGGGGAGAAAAGGAAAGAGAAUAAAUUUGAUUUCCCUUAUUUCUCAUGUUUGGACAUUAAACAGAGAAGAGGAAGAGAAAUUACAUUUCUCAAUUCCUUGCAUUUAACCCAACAUUUUAAAGAAACCAUGGCAGCAUUAUGACUAUGGUGGACUGUUAAAAAGCCUUUUCAGUUACAUGUAUCAAACUGCAAAAUUUCUCCUUAACUAGUUAUAUGAGAUUAAUCCCCCGUUGAUGAACAAUAAACCAUGAAUUUAGAGGGGUAUACUUAGAAUAUAGGCAACAGAAUUGAUUGUCCAAAUUUUACACGUUAUGCCACGGAUUAUUUCCUUGCAGGUUUACAUUUUGGUUCUGGAAAGAACAACUGAACAAGAGGGAGCUCAAAGAGAGAUUUAUCUUUUUGUUGCGUAUUACUUCAUUUUCUUUUUCCACAGGUUAAUUCUUGGGUAGAGUACUGAAGUACAUGAGAGCUAAUGCUAAUUGAUUAGAUAAUAUCCGCAUGUAUGAAUAAGGGAACGUUUUCAAGGAAGGAAUUCUCUGUUUGUUGGCAUUUCCUUGUUCAUUAUGAGAUGCAAAAGUUGCUGUUAGAAGUUGGAUUCUUUUGGUUAAUUCUAAAGCACUCUAAGAACAUUGGAGGACUCAAGAAGUAAUGCUAGAUUAAUUAGACAAUAUCCUCGUGUAUGAACAUAUAGCUGGAUUCUCCUAGUUUGGAUUAAGGCUUAGGUGUUGCUAUUGUUGUUGGUCUAGAUUCUUCAGCACUCUGAGAUCAUUGAACUGUUUGAGAGGAAUGCUAGGCUUAAUGGAAGAUAUCCUACAAAAUACUUAAAUAGUUGUAAAGAAUUUUCCAGUAUCAUAUUUAUUACAAACAUUAGAAGUAAAGAUAUUUGCUUGCAUAGAUCCUCUAAUUAGGAUAUGCUAAUAGGCCAAAUUUACUAUGUCAUAGAACAAUGUAUCUACAUAUAUGUCUUUCUGUUGCUGAACCUAUAUUUGAUUCAUCCUUGUGUCCUUUUUAAGGCACAUCUCACUCUUGCCCUUCUCUGAAGUCAUUGUCAUCCAACAUAAGAUCUUUGUUUUCCCAUUGUGGUUCACAAAACAAAUACAAGAGGUUGGAUGCAAAGCUUGAAAAGAAGAUGAUUGAAGUAAAGAGAAGUUCAUCAGGGCAUUCAAAUUUUAAAUCUAUUAAUAGCAUAAUCUUGAGAUUUCCUCGGUUCAAAGAGGGUCUGAAAAACAUCAAAGGCGUAUUUGAACAGUAUGAUGAAGAUGCAAAUGGUGCUAUUGACCGCGAGGAGCUCAAGAGAUGCUUACAGAAACUACAACUCAAUCUGAAAGAACAGGAGGUUGAGGAUCUGUUUAGUUCCUGUGAUAUUGAUGGAAGUCAGGGGAUACAAUUCAAUGAGUUCAUUGUUCUUCUGUGCCUCAUCUAUCUCCUAAUGGAACGUCCUUCCUCUCCUCAUAAUACAUCAAAAAUGGGUUCACCAGAGCUUGAGGCCACAUUUGAUACAUUAGUUGAAGCAUUCUUAUUUCUUGACAAGAAUGGUGAUGGAAAGCUGAACAAGAAAGAUGUGCUCAAAGCUUUGGAUGAGGAAUCUCCUUGGGAGAAAUCACCUGCGCACAUCUCCAAAUCUCGAUUCAGGGAAAUGGAUUGGGACAGGAAUGGGAAGGUGAGCUUCCGGGAGUUCCUCUUUGCUUUAAUAAACUGGGUUGGGAUUGAUGCUGAUGAGGAAAUUCCUAUAAUGGAAAGUUAAAGCUAAGUGCAGGAAAAUUCUGUGAUGGAAAUACUCCAACAUGAGGCUGAGCAAACUUUCAUGUAAAUACCUGAAGAAAAAAAAAAAUUCAUGUCUCAUAUUCAGAACUGUUAUUACUUUUCAUGUUCAUGUAUUUUAUGGUUCCUUUCAAAUGCUUCAUGUUUCAAACCUAUGAAUCAACUUUGAUAAAUAGUUACAUUAUUUCAGUUCUUCCUUGCGAAA